UAGUUAAACUUCCCCCUGUUUCCAUUUCUCUGUUUUCAACAUUUGUAUCUAUCUAUUUUUCUCAAAUUUAGGUGUUCUAGUAAUCCUCAUCGCAUGCAACAUAAUUUCCCAGUUUCGAUUACAAUUUCUCAAGCUUACGUGAACGGUAUACACUAUACAGAUUACAGGUAAAGGAUUAUAAAAGUCUAGCUAGGAAGAUGAAUGUGAGUUGGAGGAAAGCCAAAAGUUGGGGUUUAGCCUUGUUCAUAACAAUGGCUGUGGAGAUGUUCUUGGUCUCUCAAUGUUUUGCUAAAGACACCCAUGGAAGACCAAAAAAGUAUGACCACACAACCUCCCCAGGAGUUACCUUGAACGUGACAGACAAAGAAGUGGUGAUUGAUAAUGGCAUUGUGCAAAUCACAAUUGCAAAUCCAGAAGGCUAUCUGACAGGUGUUAGCUACGGUGGAGUGCAUAACAUACUUGAAUAUCAUAACAAGGAACCAAACAGAGGGUACUGGGAUGUAGUUUGGGACACAAAUGGUUACAACGGCACUGACUGGUUACUAGGUUCGAGUUUUAAUGUGGUGGUAGAAAAUGAGGAUCAAGUAGAGGUAUCAUUUACUUAUAAAUGGGAUUCAACCACAUGGAACACAUCACAAGUAUGGAGAAUUCCUGCUAAUGUAGACAGAAGGUAUAUAAUGCUAAGGGGAUCCUCCGGGUUCUAUGCAUAUUCGAUCUUAGAUCGUGAGGAAGGAAUGCCUGCAGCAAAGAUGUACCAAAUAAGAAGUGUUUAUAAGCUUGAUGAACAACGGUUUCACUAUAUGGCCAUCUCAGACGACAGGCAAAGGACCAUGCCUAUGCCACAGGAUCGCGAUACAGGCCUUCCUCUUGCUUUUAAGGAAGCUGUUCUUUUGACUAAUCCAACAAAUCCAGAUUUCAGAGGCGAGGUAGAUGACAAGUACCAGUACUCGUGUGAGGACAAAAACAAUAAGGUGCACGGUUGGAUAUCAUUUGAUCCACAAAUUGGGUUUUGGAUUAUUACACCCACCAAUGAGUUCCGUUCUGCUGGACCUGUUAAGCAAGAUCUCACAUCCCAUGUUGGCCCUAUUUCAUUAGCUAUGUUUCAUAGUGCACACUAUGCUGGUUAUGAUGUUACCAUGUCAUUUCAACAAGGGGAACCAUGGAAGAAGGUGUUUGGCCCUUAUUAUGUUUACCUUAAUUCAAUUUCUCAGGACACAGAUUUCCAUCAACUCUGGGAUGAUGCAAAGCACCAGAUGAUACAAGAAACUAGAAGCUGGCCUUACGAAUUUCCAUUAUCAAAUGACUUCCCUAAGUCUGUUGAACGCGGUUUUGUAUUUGGUCGGUUGCUUAUCCAUGACAGGUAUAAAUUGAGGACAAUCAUGGCUGGAAGUUAUGCUUGGAUUGGACUUGCUGCACCAGGUGUAGCCGGAUCUUGGCAAACCGAAACAAAGGUGCAUGUGGGUUAUCAGUUUUGGACUCGAGCAGACCGUAAUGGAGGAUUCUUAAUAAAAGGGGUUCAUGAAGGUACUUACAACUUGUUUGGAUGGGUUCCUGGUUUCAUUGGAGAUUAUGUGUACAUCGAAGACAUCAUAAUAACUCAAGGUUCAGUGAUCAAAUUAGGUAAUCUUGUGUACGAGCCACUAAGAAAUGGACCGACAUUAUGGCAAAUAGGCAUUCCUGACCGUACUGCGUUGGAGUUCUAUGUUCCUCAGCCAAGUAGCUUAUUUGUAAACAAACUUUACACUGACAGCGAUCAGAACAAAUUCAGACAAUAUGGGCUUUGGGAAAGAUAUGCUGAACUGUAUCCUGACAACGAUCUCAUUUACACAGUUGGUCAAAGUGAUUAUCAUACAGACUGGUUUUUCGCACAGGUGACUAGGAAGGCAGAAAAUAAUACAUAUAAACCAACUACAUGGCAGAUAAUAUUCGCGCUCCAUGAUGUGAUUCCGUCUACAAACUACACUCUAAGAAUUGCCUUGGCUUCUGCCACGAGAUCAGAAUUGCAAGUAAGAUUCAACGAUCCAGAGCUCACUAUUCCCCACUUCACUACAAUGGUUAUAGGCUCAGAUAACGCCAUUGCCAGACAUGGUAUUCAUGGCAUAUACAGAUUGUUUAAUGUUGAUGUUCCAAGUGAAUGGCUUUGUGUUGGGAACAACACUAUAUAUCUCAAGCAAACCAAACAUGAAUCCCCAUUCUUCGGAGUCAUGUAUGAUUAUAUUCGUUUCGAAGGCCCCCCUCCAACAACUUGAUUUUUAUUCACUCAUCAUCUUCAUCAUAGUAGUAUUCUAGUAAGUAAUUUAGGUACGUACGUGUACUAUAUGGUAGGGGUAUGUUGAAUUGUUGAUGGCUCAGGCAUUUCCUAACUUUAGAAUUGUACAUAGUUAGCCACUCUUAAUAGACUAUUACCCAGAAGGAUAAAUAUCACUUAUUGCUAUUGCGUUGUA